GCGACACAUCUUCUCUCCCGCGUGACAUGGCACCGGCGCUGCAUUCGCGGACUUCGUUCACAUGACAGACCCUCGAUCGGCCGUCUUGGGCGUGCUCCUCCAUGCACCCCUGUUGUCCAUGGUGCUUCAAUUCCAGCACGGACUGACCUUCGACCUCCGUCAGCGUUAUGACGAAUGCAGAGCAAUGACUCUUCUCCUCAAUUGGGAUUCCGAGUGCCUCUAUCCACUCCCGUCACGAUACGCUCGCGCCGCCGAAGCGCACGACCUUCUUCGAAAGCUUCCUGAUACAAUCCUAUCUCCGCGUACCAACAUGGAUUUGGCAACACUGGUCGCUUCCAGCGACCUAUGCCUCCACGCCGACUCCCCAAUGUCCCACCGUGCUUUUCAUCUCGCAAUAUUAGAAGGGGACCUGCGUAUUGUACAGAAAUGGAUCGAUUUCUACGGCACCCCCCAGUCGUAUGCCAUGGUCACGCCAGCUGCGUUGGAUUUCUGUGCAAGACUCGGUGCCCAAGAUCUGCUUCACUUUCUUCUGUCGACCACUCCACAACGAUGCACCACACGCGGUGUCGACGCUGCCUGCAAGCACGGACACUUAUCCAUCCUCACGGUGCUGCAUCGCCACAAACUUGCCCCUUGGUCGACAGGUGCAAUGGAUGGUGCCGCCCUCCACGGCCAUAUUGACAUCGUGACCUUCCUCCACACACACGGCGCCCCAUGCACGACUCUGGCCAUGAGCGGCGCCGCCUCGCGUGGUCAUCUCAACAUUGUUCGGUUUUUGCACGAGAAUCGAAGCGAGGGUUGCACAAAGUGGGCGAUGGACGCAGCAGCGAAGCAUGGCCACUUCGACGUAGUGAAGUUUCUCCACACGAAGCGGCGCGAAGGGUGCACGGAUGCGGCGCUCACGGCUGCUGCCGGUGGCGGCCAUUUGCGAGUUGUACGGUAUCUGUGGGAAAAUCGACCGAUGGAUUGCUUCGUCCGUGCUGCGCACGAGGCCGCUGUGGCCCAAGGACACGUUCAUGUGGCGGCAUACCUCCAACGGCAAUGCCCAGUCUAGUCUACCAUGUUUGAAAACGCUGCCAUCGAUCGUACGUGAUUGAGCGUAUUGUUUACCUGGUAGUCCGUCCAGGCCCGUGCUGACGUUCUUCGGCGACAUUUCGACCGGUAGCUGGCUGCAGAUUCAAGUAUUUGACGGUUUGCCGCGCAUCAGCGGGCCUUGACCUAUCUUCGCUGGCCCCCAUCGAUUGUAGUCGUUUGGUUGCAUGGAGUACGGCAGCACUUGAUGGUGGUGAGGCUAGUGAAACAAGUCGUGGUGCACCCCUUGGACGCCUCACGUGACGCGGGCGUUUGACCAGCGGGUUUACUUGGCUCGAUGCUUUUCCUCUUUCGCCUGCAGGAUAAUUCCGAAUUAUCGUCAUCUUCGUCAA